AUGGAGAAUGAGUCUGAGAAGGAUGCAGACCAGAAUGAAGAGACAUCCAAUACCAGUGAGUCUCUGGAGUCUGCGUUGAUGGCUGACACCUCAGCAGUGAAGGCCACGCAAGGCUCUGACACUGACGCAGAGGUUGAAGAUCGUGAGAAGGCCUUUGCAGGCGUUACAGGCGCAGAGCUGUACUUGGAAGCAUGCAGGCUGAUGGAGGUGGUGCCUGUCUCAUACUUUAUUCAGAACUUGGCCAAGACUUAUAUAAACCUGAACCAUCAUGGUCUAGGACCCAAAGGUGUCAAAGCCAUUGCUAUUGCUCUGGUGUCCAACGCAACCGUCACUCAUCUAGAGUUGGAAGACAACUGCAUUCUGGGAGAGGGAGCCAUAUGCAUAGCAGAGAUGCUAAAAGAGAAUUCCUCCCUUCAAGAACUGAACAUCUCCAAUAACCAUCUAGGCACAGCCGGAGCUGAAGCCAUUGCCAGUUUGCUUUUGGAUAAUAUGUCCUACCUCCAUGCUCUUCAGCUCUCAGGAAACAACUUUGGAGAGGAGGCUGCGUCAUACUUUGCUGAGGCAUUAAUGGGCAAUUACCGAGUGAAGGAGCUGGAUCUCAGCCACAAUGAGUUCAAUGAGAAGGGAGGACAGCUCCUGGGACAGAUGCUUGCCAGCAACGCAACACUGGAGAUUCUGGACCUGAGCUGGAAUCACCUGAGGAGGAAGGGGACAGUAGCACUGGGCACAGGUCUCAGGGACAAUGGUGCGCUGAAAAUACUCAACCUUUCUUGGAAUGGCAUUGGCAACGAGGGAGCACUAGCCCUAGGAGAAGCUCUCAGAGCCAAUGAUGUGCUGGUUCACCUUGACAUCAGCAACAACCAGAUUAACAACGAGGGAGCCAAGAAGCUCUGUAGGGGCCUUGAAGUCAAUGGAAAACUCAAAAUCCUGAAGAUGGCCAAUAAUCCCCUGACUGUGGAAGGUGCCACUGCACUGGUAAAAUCUGUCAGAAAGAACUCCAACUCCAUGAUGGAGGAGAUCAACAUCUCAAAUGUGUUGGUGAAUGAAACUUUCAUCAAGUUGCUGGAUUUGGUGUGUCAAACACGUCCUGAACUAGAAGUCAUCUAUGGUGAGGUCGAAGGAUGUAUCGCCAAAAUCUCCAAGCAGCAUCCAAAUCCCAUGAAAGUGAUUCGGAGCUAUUUGAAAGAGCACAACCUACAACUCUGGGACUUUUUUAGGCGUAUUGACAAGGAUGGAAACAUGAAGAUCCCUGUGGCAGCCUUCCGGAGAGCCAUGAUGCAGCAAUCAAGCAUCCCACUGGAUCGAGUCCAAAUUGGGGAACUAGUGCGCAAGCUAGACCGGAAUCGGACAGGGGUCGUGGAUUAUAGUCACUUAAGAGAGCAGAAGCCAGCACAGAAGCCUGUGGAACGGGAAAUCAAGGAGGAAGAGAAGAAAGAGUCAUAA